AUGUCACUGGUGGCAUUAUUAAAAGACUCUGCCAACAUCCCUUUAUGGAAAAACCAAGUGGCCUUGGAAGAGGCUAAGAUAAAGUUUCAAACUUGGGCUCCACAGAAGUGGAACUUAAGGCUGGGGCUAGUACCAGGACCUUCAUGUAUCAGGUUAGAGAUUUUGAUGCUUUUGGUGAUUUUUGUGCCAAGCAUGUACUGUCACCUGGGAUCAAUCUAUUACUCUUUCUAUGAAAUAAUUAUUCCAAAGAGGCUGACAGUCCAGGGAGGAGAUAUCCCAGUGGAAGGACUGUCCUACUUGUUACUUAUGCAAGGCCAGAAGCACCUGGUUCAUCUGAAGGUGAAGAGAAACCAUUUUGUGAAUAACUUUCCAGUCUACAGUUACCACAAUGGCCUCCUGGGGCAAGAAUCGCCUUUCAUCUCACAUGACUGCCACUAUGAAGGCUACAUAGAAGGAGUGUCAGGUUCUUUUGUUUCUGUCAACAUCUGUGCAGGUCUCAGGGGCAUCCUGAUUAAGGAGGAAAAAUCUUACAGCAGUGAGCCCAUGGACUCUUCAAGACGGUUUGAACAUGUGUUAUACACCAUGGCACAUCAAGCGCGAGUCUCCUGUGGUGUCACUUCCAGAGACAGCCAUGUGGUGUCUACUAGCUGGCAACAAGGGAGCAGGAAGCCUCAUGAUCUACAGGCGCUGUCCUACUUGUGGUCACACAAAAAGUACGUGGAAAUGUUUGUCGUGGUCAACAACCAGCGGUUCCAGAUGUGGGGCAGUAACGUCAAUGAGACGGUCCAGACAGUAGUGGAUGUCAUUGCUCUGGCCAACAGCUUCACUAGGGGAAUAAACACAGAGGUGGUGCUGGCUGGAAUGGAGAUUUGGACCGAGGGGGACCUAAUAGAUGUCACAGUGGACUUGCAAAUCACACUCAGGAAUUUCAAUCACUGGAGACAAGAGAUGCUCUUCCAUCGCGCAAAACACGAUGUUGCCCACAUGAUCGUUGGGCAUCACCCUGGACAGAAUAUGGGCCAGGCCUUUCUCAGUGGUGCCUGCUCAAGCGGUUUUGUGGCAGCUGUUGAAUCCUUCCAUCAUGAAGAUGCGCUGUUGUUUGCAGCCCUGAUGGCCCAUGAGCUCGGGCACAACCUGGGUAUUCAGCACGACCACUCGGCCUGCUUUUGUAAAGAUAAGCACUUUUGCCUCAUGCAUGAAAAUAUCACAAAAGAAAGUGGCUUCAGCAACUGCAGCUCUGACUACUACUACCAGUUCCUUCGAGAACACAAAGGGGCCUGCCUAUUUAACAAGCCAUGGCCCAGGGGCCGCAAGCGUAGGGAUUCUGCCUGUGGAAAUGGUGUGGUGGAGGACACAGAGCAGUGUGACUGUGGUUCUGCCUGUCACCUCGACCCAUGCUGUGAUGCCACAUGUACUCUGAAGGAGAAUGUUGAGUGCAGCCAUGGCCUCUGCUGUCUGGGCUGCACUUUCAGAAGGAAGGGGUUUUUAUGCCGUCCUACUCAGGAUGAUUGUGACCUCCCAGAAUAUUGUGACGGUAGCUCUGCAGAAUGCCCUGCAGACAGCUACAAGCAAGAUGGCACGUUGUAUGAUAGAAUUCACUAUUGCUCUGGGGGUCAGUGUAAGAACCCUGAUAACCAAUGUGUGAAUAUAUAUGGGUACCCUGCAAGAUCUGCCCCGGAAGACUGUUACAUUUCAAUAAAUACCAGAGGAGACCGGUUUGGAAACUGUGGCCGUCCCACUGAGGAUCAGCAAACAUAUGUUAUAUGUUCAGGUGAUAAUGUAUUUUGUGGGAAACUCAUAUGUACAGGUGUUCAAUCCUUACCACGAGUCAAAGCUCAACAUACAGUGAUCCAGGUCCCUCAUGACAAUGACUGGUGCUGGAGCAUGGAUGCCCAUAACAUUACUGAUAUCCCUGAUGAUGGAGAUGUGCGCGUCGGCACUUCUUGUGCCCCAAACAAAGUCUGCAUGGAUCACUCCUGUGUUCAUCACUCCAUACUCCUGUAUGACUGCAGAACAGAGGAAUCGUGUCAUGGGAAAGGUGUUUGUAACAAUUUAAGGCACUGCCAUUGUGAGUUUGGUUUUGCUCCUCCUGACUGCAAAAAUCCAGGAAAUGGAGGCAGUGUGGACAGUGGUCCCCCAGGAAUGCAAGUUACUAACAACAAUGAAAGUGGUAUUGAAGGUAGUGCUCGUGUUCAACGUCAGAGACAAGACCUAGACUAUAAACUGAUAGUGUUCCUGGUCCCUUUGUUUCUUGUACUUUUAUUGUGCACUCCACUUACAAUGUCUUACCUCUGCUCUGAAGUUCAGACAGCAGUGGCUGAAGUAGAGGAGUCAUCAACGGAGACAACAUUGGAAUCAGAGCUGACUUCAGCAGAUAAGAUCCCAACAGCAGAGGAAAUCCUACCACCAGAUGAGGAGGCCCCACCACCAGGAGAGGAAGCUCCACCACCAGCAGAGGCCCCACCACCAGCAGAGGCCCCACCACCAGAGGCUGCCCCGCCACCAGAGGCUGCCCCAGCACCAGAGGCUGCUGCCCUGCCACCAGAGCCUCCCCUUGCGCCACAGGCCCCGCCACCAGAGGCUGCCCCCCAACCAGAGGCUCCCCCCACGCCACAGGCCCCACGACCAGAGGCUCCCCCAGCACCACAGGCCCCACCACCAGAGGCCCCACCAGCACAGUAGGCCCCUCCACCAGAUGCCCAGAAAGAGCCAGCACCAAAAGAGGAAGCAGGUAAAAGACAGGAAAAGCUGAAGGAGAAGAAUGAAGGAUGAAGCCAAAUAUCUCAAACAUGUCAGGCAUUGAGUGGGAAUAAGAAGCUCAUAGAAGCAAAGGUGAAGUGAGAAUUGGUGUCUACAGAGGCUGUGACUGGACUAUGUAAUCUGUAGAAACAUGCUAAUGUACGAAGAGGGAUUUCCACCCGUACGAAGAGGGAUUUCCUCACUUCCAGUAUUCAUUGUAAACUCGUUAUAUUCUCAUACAUAAAAUCAUAUAUAAAAUAUUA